AUGUCGGCGACGACUCUACAAACACAAGCGCGCAACGCGUAUAAAGCCAAGGAGUAUGAUGUUGCCCUCACCCUCUUCAAUCGUGCAAUCGGCCGCGCUCCCUCGGUGCAACUGUACGACAAUCGCGCCGCUUGCAAUGUCAGGCUCAACGAUCUGCCCGCAGCCUUGAAAGACGCCAAACACGCCAUCCAUCUCGGCCGCGAAGACGCAACGGGAUACCUCCGCGCAGGCUCGGUGCUUUCGAAGAUGGAGAAGCCGGAAGUAGCAUUGAGCAUCUAUGCACACGGCCUGAAAUGCGUAAGACAUAUUGGAGCCGGCUACGAGCAGUUGAAAAAGAUGCACGAACAGGCCCUCGGAUACUGCGCGCCAAAAAACAGCGUCGAUCCCAUGACGAGACUUCCACGCGAGCUGGCGCUGCAGGUGCUAGAUUAUCUCACCUUCAGAGAGCGGACAAAGGUUUCGAGGACCAGCCCAGGUUGGAUGAAGUUCAUCAUGAGCGAGCCCAGAUUCUGGCAAGACCUCAACCUCAGUGGGCCUAACAGCAAGAGAGUCCAUUCGCGCUUCGUCAGUAAGGCGAUCAACAUUGCAAGAAAGAAGUUGACAGCCGCGACACUCCACAACCUGACCGACUUUGACAAGACACUGUUCGCAUUGGCACGUCACUGCCCGCUUGAGAAGCUCACACUAGACGCAACCGGUCUGCGAGGAAUGGAAUUCGUUCGCGCCCUUGAGCCAGCGACCACAUUGAAAGAACUGCGUAUCUUGAAGGAUACUGAAAUGGGCGAGACGAUCCUUCGAGCCGUGAUGCAGCAGCACCAGUCUCGGCUCGAAGUACUCCAAGUUGCUCACAUCAAGCGUCUGACAUCGCCCGCUCAUUGGACUCCUGUUCUGUCCGAACUUUCACGACUCCGAGAGUUUAAUCUAACCAUUGGCUAUUCCGAGUCGGGCUUGUCCGAUAUACUAGCUGCCCUUGUAGCAGGAGCGCCUUUGUUACAACGUCUGACUUUCCACCAGCACGUGGGCGGCAGUGGAAUUGGACCAGUCRAUUUAGAUCUGAGCGGCUGCAAGAACCUGACACAUUUGGAUUUGCAAGUCCUCAUGAACACUGCCAGCGACGUCAGCUUUCCCACAAGCCUCAGAUAUUUGAAGCUUGCUUUGAUAAGCGGAUUCGCCAGGCCCGAAUUCUUCGCUCAAGAUUCUUCACAGUUGGCCGACUUGGCCAAUCUCGAAGAGGCGCACAUUCUCGUGCCUGGUAUGGACUUUGAUCGUUUUACAUCGCUCUUCGAUCUCCACAAGCAUUCAGUGAGCGGGGUUGUUCCGUCCCUCAAGGUACUUUCUCUACUUCGGCCGUCCAUUCCCGCGCAUGCAAUGCUGGAGAUGCCUCCGCGACUUCACUCGAUGGAGCGGCUAUCACUGCGCGAGUGCCUGGAUCUGACCGACGACAAGCUGGAGCAGAUCAUGAUGCAGCUUCCGAAAUUGGAAGUCCUUGACGUGAGAGGCUCAAAGAUUACAGGCGCGAGCCUCAAGACUGUCAUAUACGGAGCCAAACGAAUUCAGGUCGAGCAAGUCGACGGAGCUGUCGACGGGAUCACUCCAUUGGAGGGGAAAAGCAUGGUCAAAGAGCUGAUCCUCAAUGACUGUGCGGAUCUUGGAAGAGAUGCUGUGGAUUGGGCGAGAGCUAUGGGCGUGAAGGUCACCUACAAAAUGACCGGACUUGAGAAGGGUUCGAAGAAAAUUCGGUAUUGA